AUGGCAAAAGGUGGGAAGCUAAUGAAGCUAAAGUCAGUGCUCAAAAAAUGGAACUCCUUCGGUAACGGCAAGCAGAGCCGCCACAGCAUCAGCGCCGUCGCCGCCGACGAGGGGUCCUCCUCCCGGUCAGACCUCCACGCCGUCUACGUCGGCAAGUCCCGCCGCCUCUACCGCGUCACCUCCGACGUCGUCGACCACCCCGUCUUUCGCGAACUCGUUGAAAGGUCACGUGACUCUGCCCCACCUCAACACGACACCAUCAAUGUUGCCUGCGAGGUUGUCCUCUUCGAACAUUUGCUAUGGAUGCUUGAAAACGCCGAUUCACAACCUGAGUCACUAGAUGAACUCGUUGACUUCUAUGCUUGCUAGCUCAUGGUCGCAACCGUGACCGCAACCGCAAUUUAAAACAUUACACGUGUCAC